UUUUGAGCCGUGAAUUUGGAGGUGAUAGAUGUCCACAACUACUCAGACUCUGCUCUCCUGCUUUCAAAGGUCACCUCGUCAAGAUGGGUGCAAUAAUACAACUUGGCACCUAUUUGCUGUUUCUCAUCUGGCUCCCUGUCAUCUCUGCGCUUAAGUUUGAUGUUGCUGCGCACCACGGACACGAGUCUGCAAAGUACGAACGUUGCAUCAGGAAUUUUGUCGCAAAGGACCAGCUGGUCGUUGUGACAGCAAAUGUGGAUGGGAACAGAGGCGAUGGACAACAGUUGAACUUACACAUCAAGGACGCUGUAGGAAACGAAUACGGUCGUCCAAAGGAUGUUGUCGGCAACAAUCGCUACGCAUUCACCUCACACGCCGAUUCUGCCUUCGACGUUUGCUUCGAGAACAUUCUGACGCAUUCUCGUGGUGUCGCCAAUCCCGUCCGGCACGUUGAGCUCGACGUCGACAUUGGCGCAGAUGCAAAGGACUGGUCAGCAAUUCAGGCGGGCGAGAAGUUGAAGCCUGUUGAGACCGAGCUCAAAAAGCUAGAGGAACAAGUUGCGGAGAUUGUUAGCGAGAUGGACUACCUACGAUCACGAGAACAGAAGUUGCGAGACACGAACGAGAGCACGAACGAACGCGUCAAGUGGUUUGCCUUCGGCACCAUUGGUGUUCUUAUCGGACUAGGGGUGUGGCAGAUCAUAUAUCUGCGCGCCUACUUUAGGUCCAAGCAUCUUAUUUGAUGAACGUUGGUUCAUGGUCUUGGCGGCGGGCAGAAUGUAUCACCACGGCAAACAAAAUCCAUGUUAAUGAUGAGGAGAUGGCGUUUGGACAGCAUAGCGAGAAUUGGCAUGAGCAUAUUGCCUGGCUUAAGACGUCUUUAAUGGCGCUGUGAGCUGCAGCUGGCAAAUAAAAAAUAUUAUCAGAGCUUUAUUUACAGUCUCUUAUAAGGAAGUUGUGAGCAACACUUGACAUUGCAACCACGCAUCUGCGUCGUCGGCAACCGCAACCGCAGCCAACCUGUUAACUAUCUGUUUCUCGUUAAGACGCUGAUGAUCCCACAAUUUACAAGUCUCCAGCCAACUAUCCUUCUUCACAUCCUCAUAUCU